ACCCGUCGUUCGAGUGUCGUAUUUUCUUUGGCAACCGAUUAACCGAAUCGAAUGCCAUGGUGGAUGGGUGUUGAACCGCAGUUGUCGAAAUUAUAAUGUGAGUGGUGAAUCGCAGUAAGGACCGGAUUCACUCGCAUAUCUCUCUCAACUUAAAAGUAAUAAUGAGAAAACGAAGAUAAGUUUAUUGAAGAGCGUGUAAGAAGAUCCUGGAGAACCAUGGACCAUCUGCAGGGGAGGAAGCAAAUUGCUUCCCCGGAAGUGGCGAUGGCGAGCGAGGUUUUCGAUCAAUUUUGCAGCGCCUCCACGCUAAAAUCGAUCCUUGGCCAUUAUCGACAUCUGUGUGAUCUUUUGAAAAUGAGGCCUACCAGCGUUGCUCAAUUUUAUCCAAAGCUUAAAUCGAAACUUCGUUCUUGGAAAGCACAAGCCUUGUGGAAAAAAUUCGAUCAGAGGGCUAAUCACAAAUGUUACAAUCGGGGAAAAGCUUGUCCGAAUAACAGAGUUUUAAUAAUUGGAGGCGGACCUUGUGGUUUACGAUCAGCGAUCGAAGCUCAGUUGCUGGGAGCUAAAGUUGUGGUUAUUGAGAAACGUGACAGAAUGUCUCGGAACAACGUUCUGCAUUUGUGGCCUUUCGUGAUUCAAGACCUUAGAAGUCUGGGAGCUAAGAAAUUUUUCGGAAAAUUCUGCGCUGGGGCGAUUGAUCACAUCAGCAUUCGGCAACUUCAAUGUAUUCUUUUAAAAGUUGCUUUAAUCCUCGGGGUCGAGUUUCACGAGAACGUAAGCUUUGAGCACCUGAUACCUCCUCCAGACAAUCAGGAAGAAGGAAAAAUUGGCUGGAGAGCAAAAACAACUCCCAAUGAUCAUCCGGUUUCCCAAUACGAAUUCGAUGUUUUGAUCGGUGCCGACGGAAAAAGAAACACUUUGGAAGGUUUCAGACGCAAGGAAUUCCGAGGAAAACUAGCAAUUGCCAUCACAGCCAACUUCAUCAACAAAAGAACCGAAGCUGAGGCGCGAGUCGAGGAAAUUAGUGGAGUGGCAUUUAUUUUUAAUCAAAAAUUCUUUAAGGAAUUGUACCAAGAAACGGGUAUCGACUUGGAGAAUAUCGUUUAUUAUAAGGACGACACGCACUAUUUUGUAAUGACCGCGAAAAAACACAGUCUUAUCGAUAAAGGCGUUAUUCUUCAGGAUCAUGCUGACACCGCUAAAUUACUCGCGAAGGAAAAUGUCGAUCGUGAAGCAUUAAUGCUUUACGCGAGAGAAGCGGCUGAUUUUUCCACAGAAUACCAGAUGAUGGAUAUGGAAUUUGCGGUCAACCAUUACGGACAACCUGACGUGGCUAUGUUUGAUUUUACAUCAAUGUACGCGGCGGAAAAUGCUAGUCGAAUUCUAGAACGACACGGGCACCGACUUUUUAUGACUUUAGUCGGCGAUAGUCUCUUGGAGCCGUUUUGGCCGACCGGAUCCGGAUGCGCAAGAGGCUUUUUAAGCUCUCUUGAUGCUUGUUGGGCCAUCAAGGGAUGGGGCGCUAAUUUAAAUCCUCUGGAAGUUCUUGCUGAGCGUGAAUCGAUGUACAGACUUUUGGGCCAAACAACACCCGAAAAUCUCAACAGGGAUUACGCUGCCUAUACUUUAGAUCCACACACGAGGUAUCCGAACUUGAAUAUUCAUUCAGUAACUCCGAUUCAAGUACGAGGCCUUUUAGACACUGAUGACCCGGAAAGUAUCAAGCAACCUCCUGUUCAUUCGACAAUUGAUGUUCCUAAAAAACGACGUAGGAGAGAUACUCAAGUGCAUCCAGACACGUUGAUUCACUGGUUACAAAAACAGGUGGCUCUCUACGAUUCAGUUCAAAUAGUUGACAUGGGCGUUUCUUUCAAAAAUGGUUUAGCCCUUUGUGCCGUCAUCCACAGAUAUCGGCCUGAUUUGAUCGACUUUCAGUCUCUAAAAGCCGAAGAAGCAGCUGAGAAUAAUCAACUCGCUUUUGACAUCUUGGAGAAGGAACUCAGCAUAUCUCCUAUAAUGACUGGCGAAGAAAUGGCAGCCUGCGAUGUACCUGAUAAACUAGUAAUGUUCUCCUACUUGACGCAACUUUACGAAGCUUUCCGAGGAGAAAUUCCUCACAUCAAACAUCCGAAAUUGGAACCCGAGAAGGAGGAGCGUCCAACAUUCUCAAAACAAUUGAGACAGUUGACCCCAGAACAGAAGGCUCAUCUUAUAGGUCGCAUAUCCAAGCAAGAGACGAUUCGACCAAGACAUUCGCGUGUUCGUCACGGCUACGAAAAUUUUGUAGCUUCUUCCGAAAAGAAAGUGGACGCUGCGAGCCGACGAUCUAGAAAAAGGCGCAGCACAGAAAAAAUGGGCGCGACUGUGGCGGAAAGACAGAAGAGACUCGAGGAGAUUGAAAAAAAUCGAAUAGAGCGUAUGAAGAAGCGACAGUAUCUACGAAAAAUGGCAACUCAGCAGUUCUACAAAAGUAUGCAAAUGCUGGCAGCAAAUGCGAAACGCGAUAAAGAGGAACCUUUCGAAGAUUAUUCUAUAUUUUUGUAUCGACAAACUGCUCCCGAUUUCAAGGAUAGAGUGAAAGAUCUCGAGCAGAAAAUACUUUACCCAGAUCGAGAACCAAAAAUGCACGCGGGUCUUCUGAGAGGAAAUGGGGAUGAUGAUUUCUCGGGGAGGAUAAAAAAUAUCGAAGACAAAUUGAGAGGAACGGCUUCGACUGACAAAAAACCCAAAGACCUCUUACGAGCUAUUGGCAAAAUAGAAAAGACCGACUGGAACGUGAAGGAGAUAGAGAAGAAAAUUGAGGAAAAUAAAAUGGGCCGAGGAGUGCGUCAGGACCGAGUGGAACGAGUACCAAAGUGGAGUCGAGAACAGACGUCUAUAUUCUUUGUUCAGUUUCUAGCUCGACAAAUCAAAAUGGAGAAAAAGGGACGGGAUCCAAAGGACCUGGAGAGUAAGUACGCUGACAUUGACAGCACCCUGAAAACCAUUGACCGGAAGAUCAAAGAGGGCAAUGUCCUCGGGCACAAUAAAGUUUCGGCGAUGGCUGAACAAUUUUCCAAUAAAAGUCAGGACGCUGAACCGAAACUCCAGAGAUCGAAUUCAAAAGCCGCGAUCACUUUGCCAGCGCAAGGCGGUUCGGAAAUGUGCCACUUUUGCAAUAAGAGGGUUUAUCUGAUGGAGAGGCUGAGCGCUGAAGGCAAAUUCUUCCACCGAGGAUGUUUCCGAUGCGAAUAUUGCUCAACUUCACUUAGAAUAGGAAAUCAUACUUUCGACAGGGAAAAGAACGGUGGACGUUUCUACUGCACGCAACACUUUGGUCUGCCAGGAACGAUGAAGACGAGAGUGGAGAAGAAAAAGAUCCCAGUGAUGAACAAAGAGAACAUACCAAAUGUUUCGGUCAACAUGAAAACGCCGGAUAAACCCAAAAUACCUUUAGAGGGAGUCGUGGGUCUCGACUUGCUCGAUCGGGGUCAAACGCCAGAGAGAAUAGAAUUUGAGAAUUUGGCCCGAAUAUCGGACGCAGAAGAGGCUCACAGUCAAAUGGAUGAGGACGAGUGGACGGAUCGAAACUUUGGUGCCUCGGCCGCCGAAAUGGGCUCCAGUGACGAUAUAUCCGACAUGAGUGAUUCGGAUGAUGAUAAUGAAGUUUUCGAAGAGGCAAUCGAUCAACCCUUAACGACCGAAGGAACUCUCGAACUCGCAAAGAACUGGACUCUCCGAUAUUCUCAGCACCACCCUCCCGAAGAAAAUUCGGAUACCGGAAGCAACGAGUACGAAGACUCGAGCGAUGAAUGUACGAGUGAAGACGAAGAUAGUGCAACCGCAACAGAAGAUGAGGACGAUGUUCGUGCCAGAGAGCUGAGAAAGCAGGAAGUAUGGCUGAAGGUACCACCGCGCAGUUGUGACACGGACACCGGAUCGGAAACUGAGGUUGCCUCGAAUGAAUCGAGCGAAGAAAGCGCCGAGAAUUCAGCCACGGAGAUCUCAACAGACUCGGAAUUUGAACACGAUGGGACAACACCAACGCAACACGAAAUACCCGAAAUAACCAUCAACGAUGCCUUCGUUCGAAAAACCCGAGGAGAUUACAUCGAACCCAAAAAAGUACAAGUUAAGAGCCGCGUGAUAUCAUCAGUUAAUGGAAAUCUGCUCGAAAAGAAGGACUCAGUUAAAUUGAGACUCUCGAAAAUUUUGGUCAACCAGCCCUUACGAAACAACAGUGAAGUUAAUUCGAACUCGAAGCAAAACUCUAAAGUUCUCUCACCCAGUCCUCUCGUAAAUCCACGAAAGGGCGAUUAUUUACUGAAUCGCACUCAUUCUACCGAAGGAAUAGCCUCGAAAUUAUCUCUGGAGCUGAAAAAACGAUAUUUAUUGGGAGGUCCAGCACUUGGUGGUUCAGUCAUGAAGUCUGGAUCGGCUUCCAAUGUCGACACGAAGCUAAGAAGUUUCACCGACUCGAUUUCCCAACACCAGAAGCUCCUAAAUCCUGCUCCUGAACCUAGUCCCACAAUGCAGGCAUUUCUCCAAGGCACUAAACUCGGUUCAAGUAAUCCUCCACCCUCGCCUCUAUCUCCCACAAUUCUCUUUGCCGCUGCUCCCAAAUUUUUCCCUGCCAACUCAAAAAUACCGUCGAUUGACGAGAAUAUGAAGUCGAUCGAUUCCUCGGAAACACCCAAGACCCAGCUUCCGGAUUUAGUGAAAGAGACUAGUAUUCUCAAAUCGAAAACCGAUCCGAACAUCAGCUACAAAGAGAGUCACGAAGACGAAAAUAUCAUCAAUGAAGAUAGCAGAAUCAAAGAAGAGAAGGGAAUAAGUGAAGAGAGGACGUCGGAAAAGUCAGGAGUCUCUCUCAGGAAACUCGAGGAGGAGAAAGCAGAGUUCAAUCAAAAUGAGAAUGACUGUAGGCCCAGGAGCCCGUUACACGAAACGUCAAUUAUUGUUCCGCAAGUUGAUUGGCGGAAGAAGAACGAGAAUGCGAGAGAUAGCUCCGAGGAUUCAGAGAUUGACAGCGACUCCUUGUCUUCGAGCGAUGUUGAGUUAGAUUUCGAGGCAAGUAAGAAGAAAAUUGUGAACUUGGCACCACCGAGACUGCAGAUUCACAGCACAAAUGGAGAUUUGUUGAUGGAUGAAGCGAGCGAUAAGCGAAAGGAAGUCGAGGACUUGAACAAUUUUGAACCGGAUUCGAUCGAGUGCAUAAGACUCGAUGAUAAGCCGGAGAAAGUUGUGACCUUUGAAUCGCCGAGGGAUGUGUUUAGCAAUCAGUGCGCCAAAGAUGUUGUUGAAAUUGUUGACAGCAGUCUGAAACAACUCGAGUUGCAGGACGAGAGAAAGAGCGCCUGCAGUAGUCCAACUUCAAUAGGUUCGAUCAGCAAUAAAGAAGGCGAUUCUGAUGACAAUGAUGUCACCACCGCUGCCUACACAGAAACAGAAUAUUCGGAAUGGGCGCGAGAUGGUGAGGCGAUUGGUUCCGAGGAUAUUAGAGAUGUGGAGCUCAGCAUCGAUCCUGAAUUCAUCUCCUCGAGAAAGAGCCGCAGUGAUUUCAAUAAGAGCUCAGCACCAUCAGCGAGAAUUGCCAAAGAGGAGGAUGAUUUGACAGACAUAGAAUCGGAAACUCGUAGCAGAAAUUUAUUCCCGAAUAAUGAUACGUCGAAAUUGCUUGCGAACGGGGAAGAUCUUGAUUUCAUGGAUACAGAUAAUGAGUCCCUGUUAGAUGAUAGUCUUCAGGAAGUGGCGAAUAAUGCACUUUUGAGAAAUCGGGGCUACGUGGAGUUUGUGAAUUUUAAAGCUUCGACGCCCACAAAAACCCCGCAGCCAAUGGUCAAUGCUCCAAUUGCAAAGACGGAAAUUGAAAACGAUCUCGAGCUGGAUUGCUGUGAUAAUGAAAAUGUGAUUGAGAUCAAUCCCGUAACGAUGGAUGACGUGAGGGAUAGGCUGAAUGGCGCUGUCAAUAAAUUUGUUAAAAUUCCGAGUGUGAAAACGGAAGUUGUGGAGGAGAGGAAUAAAGAAAUGUUCCAGUCGAUGGAAGAGGACAGUUUGCUAAUUGUCGAACCUACCGAGGACACAACAACCAGUGAAUUGAUAACAGUCCUCGCGAGUCCCUUAAAUCCGAAAAUUCCGACAGUUCCAACCACACCGGAAACACCAAAGAACGAACCAGUCCACGGCCUUGAGGAUUCCAACAAUACGGACUAUUUGGAGUAUGUAAAACGUCUUCAAUCCAGAAUCGCCGAAUUUAGCAAUGCCAAGGACUCGAUAGAUGUGAGGAAAUCAAAGCGGAAGAAUUCAAAACCCCUGGUGCAAAUUCGCACCGCCGAGAUGAUUGCCGAGGAGAUAAAGAGUCAGGAAUCGCACGGCAACAAUUACAAUUCUCCGGCGACUUGUCGAAAAUUGGAGGAAAUCACGCGCGAGCGUUCUAAGCAGAAGAAUCUCAUCCAGGAUAUUCUGAUGGAUAAGCUGGAGGCCCACAAGCAAAAGUCUGCCGAGAAAAAGGCUAAACGAGCCGCUAGAACUUCCUCCUUUUCGAAUUCGAAUCUUUCUCCAGCGAAACCUAGUAUCAGUUCUUCUUCUACGACACCUAUCAAAUUCGUACCGAUGUCCAUUCCUUCUCCGGUCAGCAGUCCUACUCGUGUAACCUUCGCCGAAGCUAAAAAAGUUCUCUACUCGGGGAAUCAGAAUGCCGAGCAAAUUCCAAGAGAGAGCAAAACAUUGUCGGUUUUCAAACCGAGUGAGGAUUCAGUGAUUGUGACACCUAGGAAGGCGAUUGCUGAUGAUUUUAAAACUCCGGUUGCUCCGCCGCGAGCGAAACACGAGGAAGCUAAGAGAACUGCUGAAAAGGCAAAACAGGACGCGAGAGAACGAGCGAGACUGAAAAGUGAUGAAGAUCUGGGAUUGAGUCCAGAGGACAAAAUCAGAGAAUUGAGGAUGAAAGUUGCUCGAAGACAGUUCUCCACGGAAGAGAAGAGGAAACCGGAAGCGGCGGAGGAUGAAGUUCAAUUGAGACAUUGGAGUGUGAAGUCUGGAAAUCGAUUGCAGACGAGCAAGAGUACAGAUAAUUUUAAAGGGAUCGCGAGGAGAAUGAAUUUUGACUCGUUUCCGACAGCGUCAAACGCAAAAUCGAUGGACGAGCUGUUGCAGGCGACUGACUCGAACAGGGAGGAUGGAUCAGUUGUUAAGCGAGAUAAGAAGAAGUCGAAGGAUCCUGAGAGAAGGAAGAGUAUUAUUCAAGCUGUGUCGGAUUUCUUCAAGAGGAAAGACCCCUCGCUUUCUCCCUCGAGUCCCAAAGAUAAAUUGUCGAUGUUUAGGCUCACCCCGAAGUCGAAAGAGAAAGGAAAGUUGUUUAAGUCAUAUUCGGAUGGGUCGAAUUUGGAUAAAAGUAUCUCACCAAAGUAUGAAUUAAGGCCAAAAAGUGUUACCGAAGGAAUGCUAGUCGGGAGUUUCUUCACUGAAAUUCCGCCACCUGUUCCUCCUCCACCUUUGAAUUACGCAAUAUCGACAACGCAUAUCUCAGAUGAGAGUAUAUCAGACGAAGAUUCUAAAACAACUGCUCUCUCAACCUCACAAGCCAACAAAACUAUAGGAGCUGAUGGAUCUUGCAACAGUAUUCCUCGCAAAGUAAGAACUGCGAAACGGAUAGCAAGACAGGCACAAUUAAAACGAUUACGAAUGGCACAAGAAAUCCAAAGAAAAUUGGAAGAAACAGAAGUGAAACAGAGAGAACUGGAAAGCAGAGGAGUCAGUGUCGAGAAAGCCUUGAGAGGCGAAGGAGUAUGUUCUGAUCGGGAAGAAGCUGAUCUCUUACGUGAAUGGUUCGAUUUGAUGCGAGAACGCACUGAACUUCGAAGGUACGAGAAAGAACUUUUGGUGAGAGCACAGGAGGUUCAACUUGAAGACAGACAUGAAAGAUUGCAGCAAGAACUUCGUGAAAGACUAGCUGAUGAUGAUAAAAAGAAAACGAGUGCCGACGUGAAGAAAGAAGGGGAAAUUCUAACGGAGAUGUUAGAAAUAGUCUCAAAGCGAGAUUCGCUGAUUGCUCUCCUGGAAGAGGAGCGACAAAGAUAUCAAGACGAGGAUCGCGACCUUGAAGCUCAAAUGUUGGCCAAGGGCCUACGAUUAACACCAGUCAAAACCCGAGAUCCAAAAUGUUCGGUCCAAUUUGAAAAUCGCAGUAUUGUGUAAAUAAUUUGCCCCCUUGAGCAUUUGGUGGUCUAAAAAUUUUUAAUUCACAAGACUGUCAAUAAUGGUGCGAGAAGCUCACACAUUUUAUAUAGAUAUUACUGAAAAAUCGCUGUUUUACAACCCUGAAUAUUUUUUUAAACUUCUUUUUAUGUCGUACAUUUCGUUUUAAUGUAUUUUGAAGAUUUAAACAUGCAUUUGCAUUUUUUUCUUAAGGAAUUGAUAGAUUUAAAACAAAUUUAAUAAUUGUUUUAACGAGCAAUCACAAUCAUUUUUGAGGGGAACCGGCCCACAGUGGAUAAUCGAGCACAAAUAAAAGAAAAAUAAUUCAUUUUAAUUUAAAAAGACGUAUAGUAUCUUAAUUGUUAAUUAUUUGAACUACAUUAGUAUUUUUAAUUAACGAUUAUCCACUCUAGGAGGUUCUCCUAAACAUAUUUUCUUUCAAAAGCCUAAAUAUUUAAAAGGAAAAGCAGUUUAUAGAAAAAUAAUGGUUUCUGUGAAGGAACGGUACUAUAAAGAAACUAUUUACGAUAGCACGUAUUUAUAUUGUAAACUUGAGAGAAAAUUCACGUUGUAGAGUACUGUCGAUAUUAUUAAUUAUUGUGUAGUUGCUUUAGCUGCAAUGGACACCAAAAACAUAUUUUUGAUGAAUGAGCUUAGGAUGAGAAACGAAAGCGUGAUAUGUACAUUAUAAACAAAUUAAGAUGUAAAAAUCUAUUUUUUAUGUUCGCAAAGAGACUGGAAUUAUUUUAAAGUAGGGUUGUCGAUUGUUAUAAACUAAAAGUAAGUCACGAGUCAUUUUUACACACACAAAAAAAAGGAUAAAGGAAAGCAUACAUUUAUGGAAAAUGGAUUUGAUUUUAGGAGUCGUACUUAAAUUACGUAAUGGAUUAUAGGCAUUCUCUAAAUAUUUCAGAUACCAAUUUAAAAUUUACUAAUUUAUUUUAAACAACGAAUUUCUUUCCCACAAUUAAAGAUGGCUUUUUAAUAUAUUCCUUGAAUUUUUAACAAACUAAUUACACUUUUAAUAUAAUAGUCGAAUUUUCAACAAAUAAAGAUUCUUCA